AUGACUUCGUGGGGUUCAAGGCUGUGGACUACGAGUCACUCGAGCCUAGUGGUCGUCUUGACAUCGAUAAAUUCAUUGGCGAUACCGACGAUGCCUCUAGAGCGGAAUGGAACAACACAAUGUCCAUUUCCUCUGUACCAACACAACAGCUUCAUGCUGUUAUCAAGCAACAAACUGUCGAUGCCCGAUUUCUUUCUUCGAAGAACAAACUGGGUGCGAGGCAUCGUACCGAGCAGGAGUCCCUUGCUCGAUUGCCUCCAGCUGAUCAGGCUACUGCACUCCGAGGCUCGCCUCAGGGAGGUUGUACUCGGCCGAUCAACAUGGGAGGCGGCUGAUGUCGAUGUAUCCGAAUCCACAGGUGAUGAUGACAUUGUCUGGGAGAUGGUUCCUCUGUCAAUCUCUGUGGACCUUGAGGACCCAUCCCUAGACCGUUCAAAGGCCUUGUUUUAUCGGACAUUGGACAUUUCUUCCAAUAUGACGAACCAGCCUUACCGACAGUUCAUUGAUGCGCAUGGUCCCGUGCGCUCUUUGAGUUGCUGA